AUGGACACAAAAGUCACAACUGAUGCCGCAGCUUUCGACAGAGCUAAGUGCACCUCUGCCUGGGAGAAAGCGGACUACCAAACGAUCAAAGAAGGUGGUUAUAGAGAGGUCUUCAUUAAAGGCCACUGCCUCAGCAUAUACGAACCUGGCGAUUUUAACAAGGCUAAAAACCUACUUGAUGGGUAUCAACGAAUCGACGCGGAGACUGCAGGCGAAUGCAUGCCGGUAUCGGAUUACGGUUUCUACCGUGUAAACGGAUGCAGCAGAAGACGCCAGAAAAGCAUUAGAUCCUAUCACAACGACGGCGAUAAUAACGAUUUCGUGAGCGAUCAUGAAGAUGACAGGCGUGUCCUGGGCGGUCGAGCAUCCAAUUCGGCAUCUCGAGCAUCCGGACAGAGGUAUGUUGCCUACGAAGAGAGCUUCGUCAGCGGAAAUGGCGACGAGCGAGACAGCUUCGAAGUGUCGGAUGAUGGUAGUCAUUCUCCAGACUGUGGCAGCACGGAUGCUAUUGACCAUUACAGCGAGUCAGGCGCGGACGACAACAAUGAUGAGAUAGGUGGUGACGACCUCGUGGAUAACGAGACCAUCGACGACUACGAUGACGAUGACUAUGAUUGA